AUGGCUUCCACUUACCACGUUCGAUCUUGUAGCUUACCAGCUCGGCUACACUCAAAUGGUCUCAACCAUGUUCAGCAACUCCUCAGCAAGCUUCCUACAGAUAAUACUAAUAAUAGCCUCUCACUUCUCUCACAGCUCUAUGAAUCUGUCUCUCAUCUCUUCGACGACUCACCAGUUUCAUUACUACUCCCUCAUCACUCUUUCUUCACCCAUCUUCUUGAUCUUUCCCUUGUUCACCUUGACUUGUGCUCCAAGCUAAGAGACAUAACAUGCCGCAUCAAGGAUUGUCUCCGAGAACUCCGCUCUGCUUUCAGACGAAGGGGACACGGUGGAGAUUUUACGAUCAGAUGCCACGUUAAAGCCUUUGUUCGCUCUCGACGUUUGAUUCACAAGGAUCUCGCUAAGCUCUUCUUAUUGAUCAAACAAACCGAUCAUCCUUCCAUCGUGUCAACUCAUCCUUUGAUCACACUGCUCAGAAAAGUCUGUUCCCAAACAUGUCUUUCCAUUAGGACAGUCAUGUUGUCCUUAUCCUCAUCAGUACCAAAACCUAAGCCUUCAAGAUGGGAUCUAGUUUCCAAACUGGUGAUCAAGAACGUUAUUACUACAAGUGCUCAAGUUCAGACCGGACACGGAAACGAGUUCCAGAUGAUGGACGAGGAGCUACAAAAAUUCUGUUCGGCGAAAGAGAUCAAGAAGGAAGGAAUCAAGUCUUUGAUCACCAACUUGGAUAACGUUGAUGUUACAGUUGAAGAACUAGAGGAGUCGCUUGAAAGCUUGUACCGGCGUAUGAUCCAAGCCAGAGUCUCUCUUUUGAACAUACUCUCUUUGCAUAUAUGA